GGAAGAUAACGACGACGCUCGUAUCAGCUAUUUAGCCUCGCACGUCGCACGCCUACGCGAUUUUUUUUAUUUUAAUUUUCCUCGUGCACAACGUCCCGAGUCCAAACGUCGGCUAAUGGCUGGCUACUCCCCAGUCAAAAUGAGUGACACAUCUCUAGCAUAAUGUACACAGUCGGUUGUGACGUUGUGCCGAAUAAAACACAUUAUUAGUAACGUUUUGCAAUGUAGCCAGUCGAGUGGGCACAAAACAGUUCACUGUGCUAACAAUUACGUGUACCUAUAAUCUAUCAAAAUUAUUGUCCUGUGUGUACCUCCGACCGAAGACGCAGUGCGCGUUGUGAACGAUUGUCACUCAAUAAUGGACAUCGAUCCAAUUAUAGUGUCCACGAGCUUAGAAGCUCUAAUUGAAAGAGCAACUAAAAAUAGCAACGAAAAAAUUGACAGUGCUGCUAUGAUUGCUUUUAGUGGAUUUGUGCAAAGAGAUCCAGAAUGUGCGCCUUUAGCUGCAAAGUGUAUUUUAGCCAAAAUUCAUUCAAUGCAGGAAUGGGAAGCUUUACAGGCCCUUCAUUUAUUAGAUAUAUGUAUGCAGACUGGUAGUGCUAGUUUUCAAGCUGAAGUUGGUAAAUUCCGCUUUCUUAAUGAACUUAUACGUUUAGUAUCUCCCAACUGCAAUGGAAUUCACACACCAGAAUUAAUUAAAAACAAAAUAAUUGAACUUCUUGGCUUAUGGUCAACACAAUUCCCCAAAGAAAUUAAAAUACAAGAUGCCUUAGAUAUGUUAAAAAAACAAGGAGUAGUAAAGGAUUUUUUAUUUGAAAAUAUGCCAUCAAAAGCAACUACUGCUUCUAAAAUGGAUUCCAAUAAAGUGUCAAUUUUGAAUGGAGAAAAAUCAUUAUUGCUGCAAAAAUUGCUUAAAAGUAAAAAAUCAGAAGAUCUCAAAGCUGCUAAUGAAUUAAUUAAAUCUAUGGUUGAAGAAGAAGAGCAGAAAGCAGAAAAAAUUAGCAAUAUGCUGGCUGAUAUUGAAAUAACCUCGAAUAAUGUUAAAUUAUUAUCAGAAAUGCUCAAAUCAUAUUGUGAUGGUUCUAGUUCGUCAAAUGAUUUAGAACUUAUUAAAGAGUUAUAUGAUACUGUAAAACAAUUGGAACCAAAAGUUAAAACAAUGUUAUCACUAGAAAUUCCAGAAAAUGAAGAUACUGUUAGAAAAAUAAUCAAACUUAAUUAUGAAGUAAAUGAAACAUUAAAAACAUAUAAUGAAGUCUUAGAAAAUUUCAAUAACAAAAAACCAACUGAUCAAGAAAAUGAGGAAAAUUUGUUAGACCUCAAUAUGUCAUCUAUUUCACCUGGAAAAAAAGACUUUUUUAGUGAAUCUAAUUUUAAAAGAAAUAAUGGAUCAGCAAAUGUUAAGGAACUAGAUGAUUUUUUACAAAUGUCACAUCCUUUAAAAGGACUUAUUCCUUCAAUGCCUGAAGUUGUAAAUUCUCAAAAAUGUGUAGGAAUUAAGGAAAAUAUAUUAAAUGUAGACUUAUUUGAAGAAUUAAAUAUUCUUGGUAAAAAUAUUUUGAAUAAACCUCGUGAAACUAAAAAUGUUGAAAAAUCAUUUAAUUUGACAGACACAGAAUUUAAUUCAGAUAUUAUAAAAAAAAAUGGUAUAUCAGAGGAACCAUUGUUUGGCACACAAGAUUCAAUUAUAUUUGAACAACCAAAAAGCUAUAGUCUUCAGAUACAGCCUCUUGGUGAUAUUAAUAUUAAAAUUGAAGACAUUAUUCCAUGUCCAAAUUUCAAUGUUGUGAGCUUGUUUGAUAAGAAUGAUAUAAGUACAGAUCUACAUUUAGCAGCAAAUAAACCAAGAGAAGAUGUUACAGUUUUUGUUAUUACAACUCGAAGCAAAUGUAAACUUCCGUUAUUUCAUUUUUCAUUCCAACCAGUUGUUCCAAAAGAUUGUAGGUUACGUAUAUUACCACAAUCAAGAACCAAUCUUCCUGUUUAUAAUGCAUUUUUACCACAAGAAACUAUUGUACAAAUCAUACUAGUUGCAACUCUAAAUAAGGAAUUUAUACCUUUAAAAUAUGUCAUAAGUUAUACAAUGGAUGGUGAAAUGUUCACUGAAUUUGGUGAGACUGAACAGCUAUGCAUAAACUAAGGUUAUAAUAAUUAUGAAUGUUAUGAUCUCGAAAAAACUUAUUUCAAAAAAUGUAUGAGUACAUAUUUUAAUUUAAUUUA